UGUAUACUCGAACACAAACAAAAUUAUCGUAGAUAGUAAAUACACACAGUUCCGUACAUCAUCGUUGUUCUCAAUAAUAUAAUCAACGAGUUUAUUACCAGCGAGCACAAUUAUAUGAUCGUGUAGUGCUUAACGGGUAUAAGUUUUAUUAUGUGAUACUGGCAAAACACUCGAACGGUUUUCAGACAAUGAGCGCAACUGUUAAUGAGACCUUCCCUGUAUUGUUGCAUCACGGAUUCGAGUGGUUUACUCGAGAUUUAUAAUUGGAUCAAAAACCUAUCUCGGCUGUCAAUUAAGCCCGUUAUCAAUGUCACUGUAAAAGCAAUAAUAAUGCGAGUAGUUGUUGUUGUUAUAGGACAAGGAGACACUAGAAAGGAAACGUUUUGGUUUGAUGUCUACGAAGGGUUUAUGAACAGAAUGUUCUACGUGAUGUUUAAAAGGAAACGGAUUUCACAAGGACAUGGCUUAAACAUGAGUAGUCAUUCGUAUGUAGUCGGAAUAAAAUCAGAUUCAUUUUCAAAUAUACCGUCUUUUUGUACAGGAUCUCUGAUCAAACCAUUGUACGUAUUAACAGCUGGCCAUUGCAUUCAUUUGCAAUUAAAUAUAGAGGCAAGUGGUUAACAUAAAAUAUUUGUUAUUUAAAAACAAUUAACUACGAUUAUUACACUGAGAUAUUUUAGUAGGUUUGGGCAAUUAAUCGAGAAACCCGAUUUGUUACUCAAAUAUUUGUUCACCCGAACUAUCAUGAAGAUAAUGUAAUAGCAGAUAUUGGUAUUUUAAAAGUAUGCGCUAUA